AUGGCUGGAGUGAAAGCCAUGAUGGUUAAACAAAGGGAGGAAAUGAGACAAUUGUUGCUGAACAACAAGAGUGAACCUUCAAUACCUGUUAAACAACCUGAAUUAAAUGACGAUCAAUCAGAGGAAGGAAAUUACAGUAGAUCUGUUGGUCAAACUGAACCACUUGUGGUUAGGAGGAAUAACCACGAGGAUGGAGUGGAGAGAAAUGGAUGCAAAAUGUUGCUGAAGGAAUUUGAAUUGGAAUUGGAAAAGGAAUCUGUCAGGAAUUUGAAUUUAAUUCCAUAUGCUGUUUGGAUGACAGGAAAUGGGAUUGGAAUUAAUUCCAAAAUAUAUUUGUGGGCAGUGGCAGUGGUGGCGACGAUAGUGGUAGGUGGCGUUGAUGGUGGCUGGGACGGUGGUGGUGAUGGUGGCGGUGUCAUUGAUUGUGGUGGCAGAGUGGUGGUGAUGGUGGCAUUGUCGGCUGGUGGCGACAACGACGGCGAUGAUAGUGCCAGUGGUGGCAGUGACGGUGGUGGUAGCGGCGAUGGUGGCAGUGUUGGUAGUGGUGGUGGUGGUAGUUGGUGGGUGGUGGUCGGUGGCAGCGGUGGCAACAUCGGCGGUGGUAAUGGUUAUGGCGGCAACGGUGGUGGUGGUAGCGACGGUGGUGGUGGUGGUCAGUGA